AUGGAGAGAGCUUCCGAGUUGAAGGCUGAAAAAAAGCAGCGGUGCAAAGUUGAGAGCCAGUUAAAGGAUAUCCGGUGUCAAAUGGAAGAUCACGCUAAACAGGAUCAUCGCCGGCAGCAGAGCUACGAUGCCAUCUCGCACAAGCAAAACCGACGGCUUCAGCUCAGCCUCAAGAAGUCAAGGCACAAGUAUGAGCAGCUGCAUGACUUCUGGAGAAAGGAGCAAGGGUGUAGGCUGUCGUCGGACAGUCAGUGCCACAGGCUCCACGUCUUGUGCUCCACUACGGCCGAGAGGCUGGAAGAGCUAAAAGAUUUAUUGGCGGAGCUCGAGGCUCAACAGCGUCCGAGAGAACAAGCCAAGUGGCACGCAUGUAGUCACCACGACAUGCCCGACUUACGUUUCAGCCGACUGGACGGCCCAGGCACCAUGGGAGAGGAUUCCAAGCUUGAGACGUCAGAGAAGCUGCUCUUUUUGCUGGACAAGCUUGCAAAAGGACUGGAUGACGAGCAGCAGCAGCAGCAGCAGCAGCAGCAGCAUGGCGGCGGCGAGAGCGCUGGCGAGCGCGAAGCGUUGGUGUCUGGAAUGAGGAAGAAAGUGAGCGACUUGGCGAGGUUGCUGAGGGACGAAUUGCAGGACAGGGAUAGCGGUGACGAAGCGGAGCAGCGGGAGCAGCAGCAAGGCCCGACGGCGGAGCAGCAGGUGGCGCAGCUGGGGCGGGUGUGUGAGUUGCAGGGCAAGAAGUUGCGAGCGGCGGAGGGGAGGGUGGCGGUGCUCAAGAAGCACGUGUCACGGCUCAGGCGAGUGGCGGACGAGACUAGCAAAGAGCUGGAGCACGAGAGGUCGUGGAAUCAGCCGCAGCAACAGAGCAGCAGGAACAACAGCAGCAGCAGCCUCGCCCGGAUCAAGCUGCUAGAGAUACAGCUGCUCGAGUACAAGCGGCAGGCAGAGGACAAGGCCAAGGAUCUCAAGCACGAGCGCAGCCUGAGGUUCGACCUCGAGAGCCGCAGCGCCACCCACAUCCAGCACCUCGUGCAACAACUCGACGAGCAUGAUGUCGAGCGCCAGGACGUGUGCGUCCAGGUGCAAGAAGAAGAUCCGGUUGAGGCCAUGCACGUCUUUGUGCUGGAGCUGCUGGUCGGGGAGAAGUCCGAGGCUCUGGCGCACGAGAGGCGGGAGAGAGGCGAGGCCGAGGCCAGGAACAGGGAGCUGGCUACGCUGCUGAGCUACGCGCAGGUGGAGAUUGCAAAUGCCAACCAACGGGACGAUGAGCUGUGUCAGGUGUCGGCCUGCCAGGGGCACAAGGUGGUGGAGCUGACGGCGUUACUGGAGCGCUUUGCCAAGAGGCUGGACGAGUGUGAGGACGAUAAGGGCGUGUCUUGUGUGCCGAGUGUGAGACAGAGCGACCCGGAUGAUGCCGGUAUGUCAACGUCAACCUGGAAUAGUGGUGCUAGUGAUGAAUGUGUCAAGUUGACGGCAUCCAUGUUGACACUGGAGGAGGCCAAGGGGGGGAUGCUGGUAAUGGAACAGGAGCAACACCCACAUGCUGCAGCCACCAAGCUUAGGAGCUGUGAAGAUUUCAUUGCCAAUCUUAAGAAACAGGUCAAAGACCUCGAGCUGUCGGAGGAGGUGCUGCGCUACCGUGACAAGGUUUGGCGGCGAGGCUUGCUGGCCUUCGAUCAAGUCCUCUUGCUCUGUUUCGGCGCUCUGUUUGCAUUCAACAGGAUCACCAUUUUGUUGAGAGACAAAGUUCCCACAUAG